UGCCUUACAGCUACAGUAACUUCGCAUGGGUGAGAUCAAAGACAUGACACUCGAAUUGAAACAGCGCCAAUUUAGAAAUGGAACUGUGGAAAAUGUUAAGACGACUGCAUUAGUCCUUCAGGCCUUAUCUGCUUCAGAAACGGAGGACGACAAUGAAAAUUUCGACAAAGAAAAAGCCAUGAAACAGCUUCUUGCAAGUCAGGAAUCGGAUGGUUCCUUUGGAAAUGUUGUGAACACUUACUAUGUUCUACCACUUCUUAAUAACAGAAGUUUGGUGAAUAUCAGCAACAAGCAUUGCCAAGAUUUCGAAAUGGAUGAGAAAAGAAGCCUCUGGAAUUUAGUGAAUCAACCUGGCCCAAAAUGGCACAUUCAGUAUUCUAUUUGGAUAGGAGAAAAUAGGGACUUGGAAAGGAAUCUCGGGCUGAGGGUGCCGACCAACAUCUCCCUCUACGCCAUUAUGGAAACGGCAGCUGAAGUAGAUUCCAAAUUCAGUUUCCAGUACAAUGUGAGAAAUAAAAAGCCCUACAUCUUCUCGCUAUACGUUUUGCAGGAUGAUCCCGAAAAACAAAAGUACUGGCUUCCCUUUUUCGUAAAAAAAGAAAACGAUGAAAUCAAGUAUCUUCCAAUUACAAAGAGUCCAGCGGAUGUCAUCCCGCAAAACAACGACCAUUUUGUUAUGUGGUACAAAUGAGAUUCGUGGAUUUAAAAAUAGGAAUGAAAAUAACAUGUUACUAUUUUAACCACUGUACGCGUCAAAGCUAUUUUUUAUUACUACCUGGAUUCUUAUAUUUUCUCACUUUUAGUUACAGUUUGAUGUCAAUAUUUUGCCGUAAGAUACAAUAAAGUAAUAAAAGUGAAAAUAUCACUGGUUUAGAAUUUA